AUGAAAAGGCGAACUAUAUUUUUCGAUGCAUGUUUCCUCGUUUUGCUCGUUUAUACUGUUCAAGCUCAAAAAUCACAUCGUCGUCAUGCUCCAAUAAGAACUUCAAAAGUACAACAGCUGCAAGAUCAGACUACAACUUCACAACGAUUAGACUGUUUUCCAGAAGCUGCUUACCCGAAUUCAGGGUUUUCAGAACAAGCAUGUUUAGCACGAAACUGUUUAUUUGAUGCAGCUAACUCGUCUGGUCGACCGCAAUGUUAUUUACCACCGAACUAUGGUUAUGAACUCCAAUCAGCUGAAAAUCGUGAAAAUGGAAUGCGACUGUAUUUGAAAAAGACAGACAAAGUGCAGAGUCCAUUUCCAAUUGAUGUAAUUGAAAAUGUCAUUUUAGAUGUAGAGUACUAUAGCGAUCAAAUAUUGAGAUUUAAAUUGUAUGAUAAAGAUAAACAACGUUAUGAGGUCCCGAUUCCUCUGAACCCACCUUCAUCCUCAAAAAUUCAAAAUCCCUCCUACGAAUUCACAUACUCGUCAAAUUCAUCUAAUGACAACCUUCUCUCGUUUUUCGUUAAACGUCGUUCAACAGGACAAGCUCUCUUUGAUACAAGUUUGGGUGGACUCAUUUUAUCCGAUCAGUUUUUACAGAUCGUAACACGUCUGCAAUCACCCCAUGUCUACGGAUUUGGUGAAAAUAAUCACGAUACAUUGAAACAUCAAGUGAAGGAUAGUCCAUCGUGGGGUUUAUUUGCUGCUAGUUAUGGUACAAACACGAAAACGAAUACGAAUCAUUAUGGUACACAUCCAUUCUAUCUGGUUAUGGAACAAAAUUCGUCUACUUCACAGCCAACGGGAAAUAUGCACGGUGUUCUCUUUCUCAAUUCAAAUGCAAUGGACUAUACAUUUUCACCAACGCCAAGUUUAACACUACGUACAAUUGGCGGUGUACUUGAUUUCUUUGUCUUCAUGGGACCAGAACCGGAAGAAGUUGUGAAACAGUAUACGUGGUUGGUUGGACGACCAAUGUUACCACCAUACUGGGGUCUCGGCUUUCAACUCAGUCGGUGGGACUACGGUAACAUCACCCAUUUGAAAAAUGUUGUACAACGGAAUCUCGACAAAGGCAUUCCUCUGGACGUUCAAUACUCUGAUAUUGACUAUAUGGAUGCUGAUAAAGAUUUCACGGUGGAUCCUAAAGACUUUGUUGGUCUGAAAGAAUACUAUGAUUGGUUACAUAGUAAGGGACUACAUACCAUUAUCAUUCUUGAUCCUGGAGUUAUUGAUGAUCAACUGCAUUAUCAACCGACGAUAACUGGAAUGAAGGAAGAUGUUUUUAUUAAGUGGGAUGAUGGUAGUGGACGUCCGAUAAAAGGAAGUUGUUGGCCUGGUGACGUUUAUUUUCCAGAUUUCUUCUUAAACCGAACGAAACAAUGGUGGACAAGAUGGAUCACAGAUUUUCAUGCUGUGAAUCUAACGUUUGAUGGUCUAUGGAUUGAUAUGAAUGAACCCUCAUUAUUCAAUACAAACGAGCCUUUUCCGUGGAAUUGGCAGGAUACCGGUUCAAAUUAUACACUAAAAUGUCCUGUUAACAAAUACGAUGAUCCGCCUUACCUUACAAAAGCUGUCUAUCGUUACAAUGAAGAAAAUCAACGUCCCAGUCGUCUCUCUGAUCAUACAAUGUGUAUGUCACCACAUCAAGGUGAAAAUGGAAUCUAUAGACACUACGAUGUUCACAGGUCAGUUUUUAGUUCACUUCCAACAGAAAUAAGCAGCGGAAUAUCUAUACAAUACUUUUAUUUACGCAGCUUGUACGGUUGGAGUCAGACUAAGCCAACGUUAGAUGCUCUACGAUCAAUCACUAAGAAACGUGGGAUCGUGUUGCCCCGUUCAACCUAUGUGGGUAGCGGACAAUGGGCCGGUCAUUGGCUUGGAGAUAAUGAGGCGACGUGGCAUGAACUGAAACGGAGUUUGAUUGGAAUGGUGGAGAUGAAUUGGUUUGGAAUACCAUAUGUAGUGACAGAUAGUGGUGCAACGGAAGUUGAUGUCUACAUUCCGUCAGCAGAUUGGUACAACUUUUACAAUGGACGUCAUAUAACACAAAAUCAACAGACAAUCAGAGUAUCAGCACAUCUGGAUACAAUACCACUCUUCUUGAGAGGAGGGUAUAUCAUACCGACACAGGAAGGUGCAAAUAAUACAAAAUAUUCAAGGGAGAAACCGUUUGGACUAACAAUUGUAUUGAAUUCACAGGGUGAGUUCUUUUGCACUUGGAAAGGUCUAACUUGA